UCUCUAUUCCUCAAUCUCCACCUUCACUUCUUUCCUAAAACAAUAUUUUUCUUUUACAGUAACACACAUCCAUAACAAUGGAAACUAACGCCUCUGAAAACCACCCUCCAGAGAAACAACUAUCUGAGAAAAAUUCGUCCAACAUUGACCCCAAUCCUAAGCCAACCCAUGAUCCUGAUCUUGAGCUUGCUGACACUGGAACUUCCAAUUCGCUGUCCGACUCUCCAAAGCCAGAGGUGAAAGAUCAAGAUUUGGAGAAACCAACGGAUCAUGCUGGUGAAGUUCAUCAAGAGAUUGAUGACAACAUUGAAAAGAACCAAGAGGCUCCUCCAGAAACACAUUACACUCUCAAAUCAGUCUCUGAAGAAAUCGACCAGUUCCUUUUGAGUUUGUCAUCCCAGAAAGGCAAAAAGGAAAUUUUUGUAAAAGAAGGGAAAGAUGAUGAUGAAAAAGAAGGAGAAAAUGAUGAGAAGGUGGUUUCCAUAGAUAUUCCUGUAUUUGUUGAGAAGUUUUUGGAUCUUGUUGGAGAGCUUGUUGUAGAAUAUGAAUCCAGUGAAGGGAAAGGGAAGUGGAGUCAAGUGCCAGAGGACGACUUGUCAUUUCUUGACGCUGUAAAUCGGGUUUCGAAGCUAACAAAUUCCCUUGCUGAAUUCAUAUUUGAUCCAAAUAACUGCACCUUGGUUAAUUACAUUGGAGGGAUCAAUCAACGAGCAAUGUCUUUCUUGGAGGAUCAAUUCAGGUUGCUUCUUGAAGAUUAUAAAAGCAAUAAUGAGGUAGAUCAGAAUAACGAUCCUGCGAAAGGAAAGGAGCAGGGAGAAAACGAUCGAUGCAUGUUACCCGAAUCUGAUGAUCAAGCUACCGAGGAAGACAAUUUCACAGGAUAUUCUGAGGAUGUUGUUGCAAAUUUGAAUAGGGUCGCCAAGGAAAUGAUAACAGGAGGAUACGAAUCUGAAUGCUGCCAAGUUUACAUGAUCACAAGGAGGCAUGCCUUUGAUGAGUGCUUGGAUAAGAUGGGAUUUGAGAAGAUGAGCAUUGAUGACGUACAAAAGAUGCAAUGGGAAGCUUUGGAGAGCGAGAUCCCUGCAUGGAUCAAGACCUUCAAAGAUUGUGCAAACAUAUAUUUUGCUAAAGAACGCAAGCUUGCCGAGGCUGUUUUCUCUGAUUUCCCGUCACUCGUUUCCUCCCUUUUCAGCAAUCUUGUUCGAGGUGUGAUGAUUCAGCUCCUCAAUUUUACUGAAGGUAUUGCAAUGACAAAGACCUCUGCAGAGAAGCUUUUUAAGUUUCUAGACAUGUACGAAACUUUGCGUGAUAGUAUUACAGCAAUUGAUGAUUUAUUUCCUCAGGAAUCUGAAAAUGAGCUUAAACCAGAAAUGAUAACAGCUAAGUGUAGGAUUGGAGAGGCUGCAAUUAGUAUAUUUUGUGAUUUGGAAAACUCCAUCAAGUCUGAUACAGGGAAAACUACAGUGCCUGGUGGUGCAGUUCACCCAUUGGCUCGCUACACAAUGAACUAUUUGAAGUAUGCAUGUGAGUACAUGACGACCCUUGAGGAAGUGUUCAGGAAGCAUUCAAAAAUAGAGCGAGCCGACUCUACGAGUAGGCCACAUUUCGAAGGCAACACUCAAGACUUCAACAGCAACAUUAACAAUUCAGAAAACAAUUCACCAUUCUCAGUUCAAUUGACGAGGGUUAUGGAUUUACUAGACUCAAAUUUGGAGGGGAAGUCAAAGCUUUACAGGGAAAUCGCAUUGAGCAGCAUUUUCAUGAUGAAUAAUGGACGCUACAUCUUGCAGAAGAUCAAAGGCUCUGUGGAGAUCCACCUAGCUGUGGGAGACCCUUGGUGCCGCAAGAAAUCUACUGAUCUUAGAAAUUUCCACAAGAGUUAUCAGAGAGAGACAUGGGGUAAGCUGUUGGGUUGUUUAGGACUCGAGGGUCUACUAGUGAAUGGAAAAGUAGUGAAACCGGUGCUGAAAGAGAGGUUCAAGAGCUUCAACAUGAUGUUUGAUGAAAUCCACAGGACUCAGAGCUCUUGGGUGGUGAGCGAUGAGCAACUUCAGUCUGAACUUAGGGUUUCUAUAUCGGCGGUGGUGAUACCAGCAUAUCGAUCAUUCUUAGGUAGAUUUUCGCAGUAUUUGGACCCUGGAAGACAAUAUGAGAAGUACAUAAAAUACCAGCCUGAAGAUAUAGAGACUUGCAUCGAAGAGCUUUUUGAUGGAAAGAAGAGACCAUAAUAACCAAUAACCAUGCAUGCGUGAAUAGAGUUUUAAAGCAAUGAAAAUGAUCAGUUCAAGCCUCAUUGGUACUGCAAAUUAGAGCUGCUCUUUGUCAAUUUUCAAUCUGGUGCUGAUUAUGGUAAUCAAAAUGGAUUAAUUACUUUAAUUUGUCUUCUUUUCCUGUAUUGAUUGAAGUGGCUAAAGCAAGUUCUAUAGUGGGAUUUUGAAGGGGUGAUCCAGCUCUAGACUAUUCAUCUUUUGUAAUUUGUUUAUUCUUGCAUUUUGUAUCAUGGACAACAUGCAUGAUUCUGAUUUUAAUCUUGGUGAUCUUUCUAUUUGGUCAGUUCAUUUUUUA